GAGGUUCACCAGAUGUUCGACACAAUCCUCAUCCUCGACUUCGGCUCCCAAUACUCCCACCUCAUCACCCGCCGUCUCCGCGAACUGAACGUCUACGCUGAGAUGCUCCCCUGUACCCAGAAGAUCGCCGAGUUGUCGUGGAAGCCUACUGGUGUCAUUCUCUCUGGUGGUCCAUACUCCGUGUACGCUGAUGGCGCACCGCACGUCGACCCCGCGGUGUUCGAGCUCGGUGUCCCCAUUUUGGGUAUCUGUUACGGAUUGCAGGAGAUCGCGUGGAAUAACGGAAAGGGCGUCGCGAAGGGUGAGAAGCGUGAAUUUGGGCACGCGAUGGUCAAGGCCGACAGAUCCAACUCCAACGAGGCCGCGGACCGUCUCUUCGCCGGUCUCGAUGACGAGUUUGAGGUGUGGAUGUCUCACGGUGACAAGCUCUCCGCUCUCCCUCCUUCAUACAUCACCAUCGCUUCCUCGGCCAACGCACCAUUCUGUGCGAUCGCGCACGAGAGCAAGCCGAUUUGGGGUAUUCAGUUCCACCCUGAGGUCACCCACACCCCCCGCGGAUCCGAGAUCUUCAAGAACUUUGCCGUGGGCAUCUGUAAGGCGCGUCAACACUGGACCAUGGAGGAGUUCAUCGGAAAGGAGAUUGAGAGGAUUCGGGCUGUUGUUGGACCUACUGGUCACGUCAUUGGUGCCGUUUCUGGUGGUGUUCAAAACGCAACAACAGCA